AUGAAUUGUUUAUUACAAAAAAUCAAAAGUUGUCUGUUUAUAAUUAAUAUUAAAAUUGGUUAUUGGGUAUGGAUACUCAUAUUUAUCAAUGCUUUAAUAUUACUUUUUGUUAAUAUUAUAUUUAUACGACGAGUGAAUUGUUGUGAUGAUGAUUUAUCAAAAAUAGAAAAGAUCAAUUCACCAACAUUAUCUGUUAUCGUGUUAGUGUCCGAUAGGAGAAUCUUAGAAGCAGCAAAAGAUACUUGGAUUCUUGAUUGUCCUUUUGAAGUCAUAUUUAACACGUCGGAAAAAGGUCGUAUACAAUCGAACAAAAUAUCCAUUGAUUAUCUGACAACUAAUCGAACACUUUCGCAUAAUCAUUAUAAAUUAACAAUAGACGUCAGAUUUUAUGUGAUCGUGGCACGAUUACAACAACUAAUUAUGGAAGAUAGAUUUCGUAUUUACUGCUCGACUCCGUACAAAAAAUCAGAGUGUUUAUCCUUACUGAAUAAUAUAUUAAUCGGUCCUCUAAACACUUCUCAUGAUUUUGAUCGUGUUCAUCUUCGAUUUACGAAAAGUUCUCGUCGAGCAGUUCAAAACCCAGCAACCUAUAAUUCAUCUAUUGAUCCUAAAUGUGUUCACAAUCCAGUUAUUCAACUAGAAACAUAUCCUCGUUUCUACUUACAUGAAUGUCCUUCACCACCUUUACCUCGUACACCAAUAGAACUCAAUAAAUUACCUACUUAUGUAAUAACUAUAAAAAAGACUGAUAGUGAACAGAUAAAAUCUAUCGUCGAAACUUUUCGUUUUCAUGGUUUACAUGUUCGUCUUUAUCAAGGUUUGCAAGGUAUUACAGAUUCGAAAAAAAAUUCUCCAAAAUUAAGUAUAGGUGAACGCAAUCUAAGAGAAACAAUGCGACGUUUCAUCAUACAAAUGAUUAAUACAAAAGUAAAUAGAGUACUCGUAUUUGAAGAUGAUGUUCUUCCACAUAAACACUUCGGUUCACUUCUACGAAAAUUAAUUACAACAGAAAAUCCAGGACGAUGUACAGCUCAUAUUUUAGAUGGACCAGAUGCUGGUGGAAUUCUUUUAUUAGGAGCUACUGUUUGGUCUACAACGACAGCAGGAUGGAAAAUGAUUGAUCACGAUCUAAAAAAUAAUUCUUUGCAAUCUCCAUGCUUUAACAUCGAUCGAGUUACAUUUGGAGCAUUUGCUGUUCUAAUACAUCGAAUGACUUUUCAACCUAUGUUAAACUGGCUUAAUGAUCCUGCUUACCAACAUCUUCCUUAUGAUCAUAUAUUUUCCUCUCUUAGUCGACGAGGACAUAUUGUACGUGUUGCUUACCCAUUUUUAGUAAUACCUGAUAUUAGUCACGUUUCGUCCGUCAAUCCUCAACGUGCACCCAUUCAUAAUAAUAUUACUUGGCGAAGUAAAAUUCAUCGAUGGUCUCCGUUAGCUGAUUACUCUUUGAUGUCUACUGCUUCUAAUAUAAAAUAA